CCUCCCCACGUUGGGCUUUUUGGAUCCAGAGCCCCCAGCCCUGGAACUGAGCGGCGUGCCAAGCUCCAGUGGAAGUCUGCUGGGCUGCUUCCCCGCUCCCGCCCGCCUGGCACGCCGCCCCGCGCCCCCAGCCCCCGGGGCGCCCGCCUUCCCCAGCCCUCCGGGCCGUCUGUCCGCCCCUCCAGCUCCAGAUCCUGCAUCCUAGUCCUCUUCCCUUCCUCCUGCGCCCCUGCAGCCCGCACCGUCUCGCAUUUGCCGCGUAGGUCUUGCACUCCUGCCGGUCCUGCCCACCCCCUCCGUCCAGUGCACCCCUCUCUCCUGGCCGCGUAUCCUCACGCUCCACCCCUCCCGGUUCCCCAGCCCCGAGCCUCCCGGCUGCCCUUCUGCGCGGCCGCUUCCUCCUCUCCCUGCUAGGAGUUGAAGCGGAGCUGCAGCACCCCCCUGGCGGAUCGAGUGUCCCUGCCCGCCGCUGAGGCUGCCCGGCCCUCUCCCCUUUACCCCUACCGGGGAAGCGAGGGAGUGAGCGGCGGGGCCGGGAUUUGGCUGCGUGUUGGCUGAGUGCGACAAACCGCGAGCGCGGGUAGUGGAGGCGCCGCGGCGGCCGUGGCCAGCUCGGGGCGCAGCAGUAGUCAGGUGUGUGUGUCCGGGGGGGACACGCGCUGCCAGCUCCUGGGCUGGCGACAGAUUGUGCAGGAAUGCGAAGAAUGCACCAGGGGCAGAGUCCACACAGCCCGCCGCGGCUGCACUAGCGCCUUCCCGGCCCAACCUCUCGCGGUGCAGCCAGAGGUCACCGAAGCAUCUUCGGAGCUGGAGGAAUGCCAGCUCCUGAACAGGCCUCAUUGGUGGAGGAGGGGCAACCACAGACCCACCAGGAAGCUGCCUCCACUGGCCCAGGCAUGGAACCCGAGACCACAGCCACCACUAUUCUAGCUUCCGUGAAGGAGCAGGAGCUUCAGUUUCAACGACUCACCCGAGAACUGGAAGUGGAAAGGCAGAUUGUUGCCAGUCAGCUAGAAAGAUGUAGGCUUGGAGCAGAGUCACCAAGCAUCGCCAGCACCAGCUCAACUGAGAAGUCAUUUCCUUGGAGAUCAACAGAUGUGCCAAAUACUGGUGUAAGCAAACCUAGAGUUUCUGACACUGUCCAUCCCAACAACUAUCUCAUCAGGACAGAGCCAGAACAAGGAACCCUCUAUUCACCAGAACAGACAUCUCUACAUGAAAGUGAGGGAUCAUUGGGUAACUCAAGAAGUUCAACACAAAUGAAUUCUUAUUCUGACAGUGGAUACCAGGAAGCAGGGAGUUUCCACAACAGCCAGAACGUGAGCAAGGCAGAUAAUAGACAGCAGCAUUCAUUCAUAGGAUCAACUAAUAACCAUUUGGUGAGGAAUUCAAGAGCUGAAGGACAAACACUGGCUCAGCCGUCAGUAGCCAAUCGGGCCAUGAGAAGAGUUAGUUCAGUUCCAUCUAGAGCACAGUCUCCUUCUUAUGUUAUCAGCACAGGCGUGUCUCCUUCACGGGGGUCACUGAGAACUUCUCUGGGUAGUGGAUUCGGCUCUCCGUCAGUGACUGAUCCCCGGCCUCUGAACCCCAGCGCGUACUCCUCCACCACGUUACCUGCCCCGCGGGCAGCCUCUCCGUACUCGCAGAGACCCGCCUCCCCUACAGCUGUGCGGCGGAUUGGGUCGGUCACCUCCCGGCACACCUCCAAUCCCAACGGACCAACCCCUCAGUACCCAACCACCGCCAGAGUGGGGUCCCCGCUGACCCUGACGGAUGCACAGACUCGGGUAGCUUCCCCAUCCCAAGGCCAGGUGGGGUCGUCGUCCCCCAAACGCUCAGGGAUGACCGCCGUACCGCAGCAUCUGGGACCCUCGCUGCAAAGGACUGUUCAUGACAUGGAGCAAUUCGGACAGCAGCAGUAUGACAUUUACGAGAGGAUGGUUCCACCUCGGCCGGACAGCCUGACAGGCUUACGGAGUUCCUAUGCUAGUCAGCACAGUCAGCUUGGGCCAGACCUUCGUUCAACUGUGUCUCCAGACUUGCACAUCACUCCUAUAUAUGAGGGGAGGACCUACUACAGCCCAGUGUACCGCAGCCCAAACCACGGCACUGUGGAGCUCCAAGGGUCGCAGACGGCGUUGUAUCGCACAGGCUCAGUAGGUAUUGGAAAUCUACAAAGGACGUCCAGCCAACGAAGUACCCUUACAUACCAAAGAAAUAAUUAUGCUCUGAACACAACAGCUACCUACGCGGAGCCCUAUAGGCCAAUACAAUACCGAGUUCAGGAGUGCAAUUAUAACAGGCUUCAGCACGCAGCACCGGCUGACGAUGGCACCACGAGAUCUCCGUCAAUAGACAGCAUUCAGAAAGACCCCAGGGAGUUUGCCUGGCGUGAUCCUGAGUUACCCGAAGUCAUUCACAUGCUGCAGCACCAGUUCCCGUCCGUGCAGGCGAACGCGGCAGCCUACCUGCAGCACCUGUGCUUCGGUGACAACAAAGUGAAGAUGGAGGUGUGUAGGUUAGGGGGAAUCAAGCAUCUGGUUGACCUUUUGGACCACAGAGUUUUGGAAGUUCAGAAGAAUGCUUGUGGUGCCCUUCGAAACCUUGUUUUUGGCAAGUCUACGGAUGAAAAUAAAAUAGCAAUGAAGAAUGUUGGUGGGAUACCUGCCUUGUUGCGACUCUUGAGAAAAUCUGUUGAUGCAGAAGUAAGGGAGCUUGUUACAGGAGUUCUUUGGAAUUUGUCCUCAUGUGAUGCUGUAAAGAUGACAAUCAUUCGAGAUGCUCUCUCAACCUUAACAAACACUGUGAUCGUUCCACAUUCUGGAUGGAAUAACUCUUCUUUUGAUGAUGAUCAUAAAAUUAAAUUUCAGACUUCACUAGUCCUGCGUAACACAACAGGUUGCCUGAGGAACCUCAGCUCCGCGGGGGAGGAGGCCCGGAAGCAGAUGCGGUCCUGCGAGGGGCUGGUGGACUCGCUGCUGUACGUGAUCCACACGUGUGUGAACACUUCCGAUUACGACAGCAAGACGGUGGAGAACUGCGUGUGCACCCUGAGAAACCUGUCCUAUCGGCUGGAGCUGGAGGUCCCUCAGGCCCGGCUGCUGGGGCUGAACGAACUGGAUGACUUACUGGGAAAAGAGUCUCCCAGCAAAGACUCUGAGCCAAGCUGCUGGGGGAAGAAGAAGAAAAAGAAAAAGAAGACUCCACAAGAGGAUCAAUGGGAUGGAGUUGGUCCUAUCCCAGGACUGUCAAAGUCCCCCAAAGGGGUGGAGAUGCUGUGGCACCCAUCAGUGGUAAAACCAUAUCUGACUCUUCUGGCGGAAAGUUCCAACCCAGCCACCUUGGAAGGCUCCGCCGGAUCUCUCCAGAACCUCUCUGCUGGCAACUGGAAGUUUGCAGCAUAUAUCCGGGCAGCUGUCCGAAAAGAAAAAGGGCUACCCAUCCUGGUAGAACUUCUGAGAAUGGAUAACGACAGGGUCGUUUCUUCUGUGGCAACUGCCUUGAGGAAUAUGGCGCUAGAUGUUCGCAACAAGGAGCUCAUAGGUAAAUACGCCAUGCGAGACCUGGUCAACCGGCUUCCCGGUGGCAAUGGCCCCAGCAUACUGUCUGACGAGACCAUGGCGGCCAUCUGCUGUGCUCUGCACGAGGUCACCAGCAAGAACAUGGAGAAUGCCAAAGCCCUGGCCGACUCGGGAGGCAUAGAGAAGCUGGUGAACAUAACCAAAGGCAGGGGAGACAGGUCAUCUCUGAAAGUGGUGAAGGCAGCAGCCCAGGUCUUGAAUACGUUAUGGCAAUAUCGGGACCUCCGGAGCAUUUAUAAAAAGGAUGGAUGGAACCAGAACCAUUUUAUUACACCUGUGUCAACAUUGGAGCGAGACCGAUUCAAAUCACAUCCUUCCUUGUCUACCAACCAACAGAUGUCACCCGUCAUUCAGUCAGUCGGCAGCACCUCUUCCUCACCAGCACUGUUAGGAAUCAGAGAGCCUCGCUCUGAAUACGAUAGGACCCAGCCACCUAUGCAGUAUUACAAUAGCCAAGGGGACGCCACACACAAAGGCCUGUACCCUGGCUCCAGCAAACCUUCACCAAUUUACAUCAGUUCCUAUUCCUCACCAGCAAGAGAACAAAAUAGACGGCUACAGCAUCAACAGCUGUAUUAUAGUCAAGAUGACUCCAACAGAAAGAACUUUGAUGCAUACAGAUUGUAUUUGCAGUCUCCUCAUAGCUACGAAGACCCUUAUUUUGAUGACCGAGUUCACUUUCCAGCUUCUGCUGAUUACUCAACACAGUAUGGACUGAAAUCGACCACAAAUUACGUAGACUUUUAUUCCACUAAACGACCUUCUUAUAGAGCAGAACAGUACCCAGGGUCCCCGGACUCAUGGGUGUAGCAUCACGACGCUCGGCAGAGGAACUCUUUCCCUCUAACCUUGUUUGGAUUGAAGUGAAAAGUCCGUCUUGCUGAUUUGAUGAUUGAAAUGUGAACGUGAAAUGGAAGGAACGAGUGAAGUGCAUAUAUAUUUUUUUUCUUUUUUGAGGAAUUAUCAGGGAAGUGAGGAAACCUUUGGGAGAGGACUUUCUAAGCUCUAUUUAGGUGUUAGAUCUAAUUACUUGUAGAUUCUGUAGUCUGGUGAAGGUGUGGGUGACGUGAUGAGAGGUUUGAGAAAUGGGUGAAAUGAGAUGGGGGAUGUUUAGGUGAAAUCCAAUUAAAGAUGAUUUUUUUUAAUGUGAAUAAAGUUAUGUUCAGAUAGUUUGUACAGAAAAAAAAAUAAAAUGGAUGCCCUUCAUGUUUUAUUGCUAUUACUAAAUGUCAAGGUUGUAUGCUAUUAUGUCUUGUAAAUUUCUUUUGUUGGUGUAAAUAUGGAAAUGCCACAUUGGUUAAGUGCCAUCAUUUGUAAUGCAGUGUGUCAUUUGAAAAGAGAUUUGAAGAAACUGACAGCUUAAAAAACAAAUGGGAAACCCAAGGAACUGUUAGCAACUAAACAAACUAUGACCUCCUUUGUCUUCACAAUGAAUAGUGUACUUUGGAAGCACAAAGUCAGUCUGGUAUAGCAGCGCCAUGCCCAUUCCCUGCCUCUUUCAUAGGACACGUCACUGCCAUUUUCUAUGCACAUGAAAGAAAAAUAAAUGUGGAAAUUUCAUCCUUGGAAA